AUGCCAAAGGAUGUAGAUGCAAAGACGAGUGGUGCGUCUAUCAAGAAUGUCUACCUGAUGAGAGAGGACAAGAACCGACUAUAUGCUUGGCAACGACUCCGGCACCUUGGGCAACUGCAAACAGAUCAAUUAUGGAAGCGUAAUGGAGCUGAACUUUUUAUGUUGGUUGUAGAGUCUUAUGUCUUUCCCAUGUGUUUAGAACGAGUCAAUGUUGCUAGCGAGAACGAUUGGGUUGCGUUGGUCAUUCGGGUGUUCUGGCAACUACCCCUUUCUGCCAUUCCUGUUUGGAUAUGCUUAGCAAAGAGGUAUGUCCGACACAAGCAGCUCCGGCCAAAAGCGGUCCACGAUAACGAGGUUGUCGACGAGUCUGCAAACGACUAUACGUACUUUGCUUGUAUCAAGUUUAUUAAUUCCGUCUUCCUAACCAGCGUUUCAGAUAAAAGCUGCGUCUCUCCGAUGGCACUCUCCUAUGUUAGACGACGUCUCAGCUACAUGACCAAAUAUGAGUCGGAGCGGACGUCGGAAUUAUACCACGAGGGAACAUGUUCCGAAAGAAAACUGGACGAUUCUUAUAUUUGCAAAAUGUUGGGGCAGUACUUGGCAUGA